UCCUCCCAACACCCACCUCCAUGUUUGUCCUCUUCCCCUUCUGUGUUUUCGUUUUCGUUUUCAUUUCUUCCUUCUCCAGGAUGUAGUGUCUAUGUCUGGUUUUAUCAACAUUUGCUCUUGAUACCGCAUGCCCUGUUCCAAAAUCCUACAGUUCUCUCUGCAAAUAUGUCAUUUAGCCCAUAACUCAUUGUAGUUAUGCGAGAAGAGUUUCCCGCUGCUUUCGUUUUUGAAUUCUAAACUUCCUUGGCUUCGGUGAGUCACGGGUGGAAGCCAAAACCUAUGUCAGUGAGUUGAAUCUGGCUGAUGGGCAAUUGUUGAAAUGGAGAGAUUCCCUCAUAAGGACGAUGUUCUUGUAGAUUAUAGCCAUAGUAGUUCUCAAAGAGAAAUACUGGGCCAUGGCGUUUUGCCCAAGAAAUUGUACCGAAACUCGGACAUUGAUUUCAACGACGUUUUUGGUGGUCCACCAAGGAGGUCAUCGACCUAUGAGAUGAGGUACAGUCUCGGCGAAGCUGCGGAUUCGUAUGGACAUAGGGGGAGUGGCGAAAUUCCUUCCUAUAGAAAUCCAUGGACCCACGAGAAUGAGAAGCCGGUUUUCGGAGAGGAAAACACGAGCAGGAGGAGACUCAUGAGUGAAGACUUCUUCGAUGAUAUAUUUAGGGGCAGCGAAUCUGCUAGUUCCACUCCGAGGAAGCAUGACCGAGACGUGUUCUCAUCGUCCCCAGGUUCGCGGAUCAUGAGCCCUGUGAGGCCUCUGCCACCGCGAGCUGAGCCCUUGCUGAGCUCAUCGGUUCCGUCACAGCUCAGCCUCCCUGUGACAAUGAGCAAACCAGUGGACUCCACAACCCUCGGCUCCAGUUCUCCUACAUCUUCUAAGUACAAGAAUGGCUCUUUAAAUGGGGCGAGCCACCCAUGCUCCCCCAAGGUUUCUAUAUUGGGAUGUCCGAGCCGAAUGACACAAGUUCAGGAUGCGUCCAAGGUUGUCAUUCAACCGUCCUAUCGGCCAAGCCCUCUGUCCCAUGAGUUCUCUCUUAGCGGAGGCGAGAUCAUGAAUGCAAACAAGUCUGACAAAGUCCACGAUUCUAAUAAGGGCACAGAUCAAGAUAUGCUAAGCGGUGCCAAAUUUCACUUCUCCAUAUACAAAUGGGCUAGCAAAGGAAUACCGCUGGCGAUGCCUCUUAGAAGAGCGAACAGUUUGAAAUCGAGAGAGAGAGUUAAAACAGAAAGCUUGAGCGGAAAUGAGCACAUAGACGGUCAGAAUUGGACAGUAGAAUCGGCAUCCCCAUCUGCUGAGAAUAUCGAUUCUGUGUCUUUGAAGAGUGAAGUGCCAAAUGGUGCACCCUCUGGAGUUAAAACCAGCAACAUGGAAAGUGAGACAGUGAAGCAAUCAUGCUUGGAAGUUGAAGCGGAAACACGCCACACUGCUGAAGAAGCAGGCAUCGAUAUUACCAGACAAAAAACUUUGAGCAGCUUAAGGAACAGUGCAGAUGGCCAUAGUGAUGCCGUGCCAUGCAAUACAAGAGGAGAAACAAAAUCUCACUCUCUGCCUCAGACAGGUUUGCAUCAGAAUAUGGCAAAAGAGGAAGAACUAUCCAAGCCCGAAUUGAAACCUCUUCGUUCUUUGCUUAGUGAUGAAGAUGAACAAGUUGCAGAUAGUAAUAACGUCAAGGUAGACAGCAAGAAGGAAGCAGAAACUAAAAGUUUGAGGAGUACUGAAGAGUCUCUUGGGCAGAAUGAUGCUGAUAAAGGAGUAAAGAAACAAGAUGGUCUUGGCGGUUUGAACAGCAAAGGAGUAAGAAAAGUUGCAGUGCCGGGAACGCCAAUGGAUCAACGAGAUGGCAUUGGUAGAAGGAGAGCAAAAGGAAAGGUCAAAGAGUUCAUUAAAAUCUUCAAUCAGGAAGCUUCUUUGAAACCUAAAUUUGAUGUUCAACAUCAAGGUGGGGGCUUUAGAUGGAACAAGAGAGGAGGAAAAGCAGACGAUCCAGCAGAUCGUACCAAUAUUGGAGUAGAACGACAAGUUAAAGCAUCCCAUGCGGGAACUACUGACACAAUAACUGAAACUUCCACUCAUAAUGUAAAUCAGUUUCAUAAACGGACUGAUAGAGGACACUCUGGCAGAAGUACUGCUAGCUUUCUCUUUAGCGAUGGUUCGUCAGAGAAGAAGAAUAGCUCAGCAUCAAGUACUGAAUCCACUCCUGAGGAUGCAAGACCCACGGUUAUUGAAAUUGACGAGUCCUUCAGCGGGAACUUUGUGCUAAAAGAAUUACCCCAAGAUGAAGAUAAGCAAAGACAACCAAGUGAAGCACUUGACAAUAAUAUCAAAGUUAUUGAUGCUAAAAUACGGCAGUGGUCUCGUGGGAAGGAAGGAAAUAUACGGUCCCUUCUGUCAACUUUGCAGUAUGUUCUUUGGCCGAAGAGUGGGUGGAAGCCAGUUCCUCUUGUUGAAAUAAUUGAAGGGCCUGCAGUGAAAAGAGCAUAUCAGAAAGCCUUGCUUUGCCUUCACCCAGACAAAUUGCAGCAGAAGGGUGCUGCUUCAGAUCAGAAGUACAUAGCAGAACAAGUCUUCGACAUAUUGCAGGAAGCAUGGACUCACUUCAAUUCGCUUGGAUCAGCAUGAGCCAUCAAUAUUUGGUUAUUUCGUUCUCAGCAAUUGCGUGCAAAGGACAUGGAGUGGAUCUAUAUGACCCAUCAAAAUUUGGUUACUUGGUACCCAGCAAUUGCUUGCACAGGAUAUGGAAUUGCUUUACUAAAGUAAAUACCACAGCCUGUAGAGAAGCACACAAUCAAUUUUAGACCCGGUUUGAGAGGCAAAGUUGAGUGAUUCUCAAAGAGUUUCUGGUCAAUAAUACACUACUUUUCUGUCUUA